AUGGCCUCGGUAACAGACGCAGAUAUCAAGCCCUGGCUCCGGCCCCCGCCUCAGUCGUACCUCCUCAGCGCAGCAAACAUCGUCGAUGUCGCAGCUGGUGUUAUAAAAGAGAAUCAUUAUGUGAUGAUAAAAAAUGGCAGAAUAACCUCUGUUUCGUCCAGCCGUCCUCUCGACGCCGAAUUACCAGAGUCUUACAUCACCGUCGACUGCGCAGGCCUCUACAUCAGCCCGGGCCUCUUCGAUGCGCACGUCCACUUCGUGGCAGUCCCAGGCUUCCCCAGCCUCUCCACUGCAUUUGGCAACUUCAACGACGUAUCGCUUCUACGUCAGCCAUAUGUCGCAGCGCAGAUGCUGCAUCGCGGGUUCACAUCCGUCCGCGAUUGCGGCGGCGCCCAGCUCGCUUUCAAACAAGCAAUCGAGGAGGGUGUCUUUCCUGGCCCGAGACUCUUCAUUGCCGGACACGCACUGUCGCAAUCAGGCGGGCACGGGGAUAUCCGCUCGGCGCAUGACCAUGUUCAGUGCUGCGCGGGGCACACGAACGGACUCGGCCGGAUCUGCGACGGGGUGCCUGCUUGUAUGACGGCCGUGCGGGAGGAGAUCCGGUCUGGCGCGGAUUUCAUUAAGAUCAUGGGCAGUGGCGGGGUGUCAACGCCGACGGAUCGAUUGGAGCAGCUACAGUUCACGAGGCAGGAGAUCCAGGCCAUCGUGGAGUGUGCAGAGAACGCGGGGACGUAUGUCACGGCCCACGCCUAUACGCCUAAAGCCAUGCUGCAUGCAAUCGAGAAUGGGGUGAAGGGUAUUGAGCAUGGAAAUUUCGUGACUGAGGAGGUGGCCAGGAUCAUGGUUGAAAAGGGUAUCUACCUUACGCCUACUCUGAUCUCGUACGCGGAGAUGGACUCUGAAAAAUGGAGGGGCUAUCUUCCUGCCGAUGGACAGGCGAAGAACACGGAGGUGCUGAGCGCAGGGCUGAAGAGUCUAAAGAUCGCGGCCGAUGCGGGUGUCACGAUAUGCUACGGCAGCGAUCUCCUCGGGCCGCUGGGUUUGGCGCAGACGGGCGAGUUCAGGCUCAGAGCGCAGGCGUUGAGUCCGUUGACGGUGUUGCAAAGUGCAACCAUCAACCCGGCAAGGAUGAUGGGACAGUCCGAGUCAAUCGGCCAGAUCAAGGAGGGAUUCUUUGCGGAUGUGCUGUUCCUUAGCAGGAAUCCGCUGGAGGACGUGACCAUCUUUGAUCGACCAGAGGAGUGCGUCCUGGGUGUGAUGAAGGAGGGAAGAGUGUAUAAGAGUCGAUGGGAUGGCCUAAAAGAGGAUGCUGACAUUCCGGUACGGAUCAGGAAUUAG